GGAGCGUGCCCGGUGGAGCACUAGGCGAGCGGGACCAGCGGGGUGUUGUGGGGCGCUGUCCAGGCGUGGGCGGGCGGCGUAGGCGGGCGAGGCAGCGGCGGCGGCCAGGGACGCGUGCGUACCUCAGCCUGUAGCGGCAGCUGCGCUUCCCAGCCGGCGGCAGCGGCAGAAGCCGCCCCGGGUGUCCGUGGGAGCGGCGGCGCUGGCCGGCCCCAGCCAUGCUGUGCUAUGUGACCAGGCCGGACGCGGUGGUGAUGGAGGUGGAGGUAGAGGCGAAAGCCAACGGCGAAGACUGCCUCAACCAGGUUUGCAGAAGACUGGGAAUUAUAGAAGUUGAUUAUUUUGGACUGCAGUUCACUGGUAGCAAAGGGGAAAAUCUGUGGCUCAAUUUGAGAAACAGGAUCUCCCAGCAGAUGGAUGGUUUAGCCCCUUAUCGAUUGAAAUUACGGGUCAAGUUCUUUGUAGAGCCACAUCUUAUCUUACAAGAACAGACAAGGCAUAUGUUUUUCUUGCAUAUAAAAGAAGAUCUUUUGGCUGGUAAUCUUCAGUGUUCUUCAGAGCAUGCAAUUGAACUUAGUGCAUUGUUGGCACAGAUGAAGUUUGGAGAUUAUAACCAAAACACUGCCAAGUACAGCUAUGAAGAGUUGUGUGCAAAAGAGCUGACCACUACCAUUUUGGAGAGCAUUACUGCAAAGCACAAGGAACUAGAAGGUCUAAGUCAAGCUUCUGCUGAAUACCAGGUUCUACAGAUUGUGUCAACACUGGAGAACUAUGGGGUAGAGUGGCACUCAGUAAGAGAUAGUGAAGGACAAAAACUCCUCAUUGGUGUUGGACCUGAAGGCAUCUCCAUCUGUAAAGAUGACUUCAGUCCUAUCAACAGGAUUGCUUACCCUGUUGUUCAAAUGGCAACCCAGUCUGGGAAGAAUGUGUAUCUGACUGUUACCAAGGAGUCUGGUAAUAGUGUAGUUCUUUUGUUUAAGAUGAUCAGUACAAGGGCAGCGAGUGGACUUUACAGAGCAAUUACAGAGACGCAUGCAUUUUACAGGUGUGACACUGUCACUAGUGCUGUCAUGAUGCAGUAUAGUCGAGACUUAAAGGGCCACCUAGCAUCUCUGUUCCUGAAUGAAAACAUUAAUCUUGGAAAAAAGUAUGUCUUUGACAUCAAAAGAACAUCAAAAGAAGUUUAUGAUCAUGCAAGGCGAGCUCUUUAUAAUGCUGGCAUUGUGGAUCUUGUUUCAAGAAGUGACCAAACCCCACCAAAUUCCCCACUUAAGUCUUCAGAAAGCAUGAACUGUGACAAUUGUGAGGGUCUCAGCUGCCAACAAACAAAAGCCCUGCAAGAGAAGUUACGAAAGCUUAAAGAGUCUAUGCUCUGUAUGGUGUGUUGUGAAGAAGAAAUAAAUUCAACCUUUUGCCCCUGUGGCCACACAGUAUGCUGCAAGACCUGUGCUGCCCAGUUGCAGUCAUGUCCUGUUUGCAGAUCUCGUGUAGAGCAUGUCCAGCAUGUGUACUUGCCAACCCAUACCAGUCUUCUCAAUCUGACAGUGAUAUGAUCUACGUAUACACUUUAAACUCAUCAUGUACUUUCUAAACUGCACGAAUAUGAAUUGCAACCAUUGAUUGUGAAGAUGGCAAUCACUCUGGCACCAAUCUGCAAUCAAAAGCAAAAAUACUACAUGUCUGAGCAUAACUAUUUUGUUCAGCAUGCCCAGGAAGAUGGUUUGGGACAUCUUUUGAGAGCAAACUGUAAACAAUUCAUGUUACUUAAAAGGAGAAUGAUGCAUAAGUUUGUAGCAUGGCAGUGUUGCCAAAAAGCUAGGUAACCCUGGAGAAAUAUGGUGUACGCAUAUUGAUAUACCCAGCAAGAGCAAUGCAGCCUUUAGUUUUACACUCUUUAAAUUCCUUUUACUACAGUCACUCUGAUUAUUUUAAUAGUAAAAUUAGGUUUUACAAAUAGCAGUUUAGUAUGGUUCAUAGUUUCUGCUUUUAAUAAACUGUUUUAAAGGAGAGAACUUCUAAAAAUCAGUUUUUAAACUAAAAAAAGCUUUCAUCAAGCAGCUGCAUUUAAUUCAGAAUUCUAUUAAAUAGAAAAUUAUAGUAUAGCUUUGGAAGUGUAGAACAAAUUUGUUGAUUCCUUAAAUGUUGCAAGCAGGUUAGGAAAGUCCCCUGGUAGUGAUAGCCCAUGGAGACGAGACGUUGUGGGACUUCAUUUGCAGCUUGCAGUGGGGAAGCUCUUCCCAGGUUUCCCACAUCCAACUCUAAUGGUGGUCUAGGGUGCUGCAGUCAGCUGCCCUUUAAGCUGGCUCUAUUUUUGGAGGCUGAUUUUCAAUUACUAAACAUUGGUUUCUAAAAUAGGGUUUGUGUAUACUUUUAAAUGCUUUCUUGAGUUAACUUCUUUAUUGGAUAGGUUCUUUCCACUAAAAUCUUUUUAUUCUCCACCCCAUAUUUGGGCAUUUUGGAUUCUGGUUUCCUAGUACAUUCUCCAGGAUACAGAGGGAACUAGGGGACCAUGUUUGGGUGCAAUACUAGCUUAAUCUAAGCUAGAAAAGUACACUGUCACUUUACUGAGAUUUUCUGACUAUACUUUUCAUAUUGCCUUAAUGUAGCAGUAAUGUGUGUUUAUGCAUUUGUUUCUUUGCACAGACAUUUUGUCAAAAUAUUAAAGCUCUACUUUUUUAUGACACAUUAGCAUAUAAACCUUACUCUAAGAGGGUAUUUAUUUUUUCACUUUGUAAAGAAAAUUUUGUUUCCUCAUGGAGCAAGAGCUUUGUCCUAUAUCGUAGACAACUUCUGUCUUUUUAUAUUCAGAUGAAUAAAUGACUUCAAAAAUC